UUUUUCCUCCAUUUAAACUUAGUAUUAAUAUUAAUUACUCUCCAUUUUUUCUACAAAAAGAUCCUGUAAAAAAUCAGAAAGAUUCCUCUCUGUUAAAUCUGAUUCGUAUUAGCAAUGGAAAUCAAUCCCACUCCAUUUCCAGUUGUUAAAUCUGAUCACGUGAAGCCAAAAUCAACCAGGAAAAUCUCCGAAGCCCCAAAAAUCAAUCUCAGGGAAAAACGAGUAUUUGGAACUGCCCGGAACCCUAAUUUACCUUCUAAAUCGGCACCGGAAAAGCCGAUCAAGGGCAAACCCUCGUCGGCGCUGCUAAAAAAAUCGGUGAAGCCAAUUCAAGCAACCCAAUCGCCGCUCCCCGGUCCGCCGGAGGCUAAGAACGCGUCGGAGAAAACCCCGGCAAGGACGAAGAAGAAAAGCGUGUGCUUCCAGGAAAACCAGAAACUUUCCGGGGACGGAAAAGCAGGGGAGCCUCGAACUCCGGCGAAGUCGCCGGCGGCGGCAGUUCCAGAGAAGCCGCGCCACUCAGCCACGCCUUACCGCACGGCGGAGAAAUGCAGCAAGUGCAGGUUCGACAAGCUCGAGACUUCGGCCUAUUGGCUAUCGCAGAUCAAAUUAGCCGAAUCGGUUGGGAAACACUCUGUUUCUGCUGCUUUCUUCGGACUGGCUUUCGAAUCCAAAGCAGAGCCGAUUCGUAAUAUCCGAGUGGCGCUCAAGAAGUACACGGGGCGCCACGAGUAUCUAAACGAGGAGCAAGAGUGGAAGAAACUGUCGGUUAGCUAUGGGCUCGUGAAAGAAGAGAGCUAUGUGAAUAAGGAGGCAAGUGUUGUUGAUAAUCAAGAAAAUGGUGAUUUGGUUGAUGAAAUUGGUGAUAAAGAUGAGGUUUUGAUGAAUGAAAAUGGUGAAGAAAAAAGAUGAAAAUUGAAUAAAAUCUUGAUUUUUUUGUUGUUUUGUGAAGUUUGCAUGGUUUUUUCUAUGUUCUUUUUUGGGGGUUAUGAAGUUUGUGGUGGGUAAAAAAUUCAAGUGUUGUGUGAAUUGUGGUGUAGGGAAAGUAAUUAAUAGCUAAGUUUAUUGUUGUUGUUUUGAUCAUUUGAUACAAGGAUUGUAGAUUUUUCCUAUUUGUUCAUGAAUUGCUUUUUUUUUUUUU